AUGGGCGACUGUCCCUGGCUCAACCGCCCCCUCCAUCCAUCCUACGACAGCCGGAAGGCCCGCCGGGUCGAGGCAUGGACACACGAUAUCGAGCGGAGCGACACUCCACCAGAGUCAGUCGUGAGCCUACCUCAAGCGAGUCUAAUAAGCGACGCGACAUUCACAACCUUCGGAGCGGGUGACCGAAGACCUAUGCCGGAGGGUCAUUGGCCGGAGUGGUUCGAGGGGCCUCAUUUGGGGAGUUGGGAUGCGGAGAGGGACGGACUGGGCACAGCUCCACGGAAUGGGGAGGAGGUUGGGGGGAGGAGGAGGUCGGAGGGAAGCGGUGGACGCAGAUGGACAGAAAAUAGGCGUAGAGUGAAAGUGGAACAGGGAGAUCUGCGCUGCGACAAGACACUGCCCUCGCUUCCCCCACCUACACACUCCCAAAGGACAGUGACACAACCACUUCCAACGCCAGAACUCACAAUCGCCGGGACGCAGACGACCUCAAGACCGUCUUUCAUUCGUACCCAGUCACAGCCAUUGUCACAACCACAGUCCCAGCCGAUGGGGGACCGACUGGCACCGCCGCAAUUGGGACCCUGGCGACACUCAGAUACGCAAGUCAAGGAAGUGGUAUACCUCAAGCCGACACGGAACUCGCUCGCUCUGAGGCCCGCUUCGUUCGUUAUGCAGCCAAAUCCGCCCCUCGACAGCCAGCCAAAGUCACCUGAGCGCACUUCGCUCAAGCCACUGGAGCAGAAACCACUCUCGCUCAGGACGGGUUCACAGAAUGUUAAGCCGAAGGAAGCCAAGCCCAAGUCCCUCCGGACAUCGUCGCAGCGACCAACGUCCCUCAAGCCCAGCUCAAUCCAGACUGUGCCCAUUAUGGAGAAACGCAAACCCAUCUCGCUCCGAUCAGAGGAUCUCGUUGCCAUUCCUGGCUCGAGACCCUCUAGACCCAAACCUACCCGCGCCCUCCGACCUGACCCCAUCCCAAAGUCGGAGAGAAAGGCUCGGCCCUCGUCCAUGUUUCUCCACAAUUCCGACCCCUUUGCGGACUCCAGUUCUCCGCCGGAACCACCAACUGCUACCGUUUCCGCCCGUCCUGCGAGAAAGACGCGAGCAGGGGCACCAAGAGUUUUGGACGAAGAGGAAACCAAACUCGAGCAUAUCAGUAAACUCAUGGCCGAGCUCGAGGUCGAGAGUAGUAGCGAUGAGGAGGAGAUUCGGCGGUUGUUCGACGAGUUUAGGCGUGUCCGGCGGGAGAGGAGGGGGGUCCAGCCGGCGUAG